UGAUUCCUGCUCUUGCAUUGCCAAGUAUUUUGUGUUUUUUUUUUCCUACACAAGAUAGAAGUGGAGAAUUCUAUAUUUCCAGAUUUUAAAAUGUUGACACUAACUCAAACGAAAACAGAAAAAACAAGCCAGUGAAAGGCAAACAAAGCCUGUCUGGGCCCUCACAUCCUGGUUUCCAUCCUAGGAAGGGGCACGUUCGUACGACAUUAGUGCUUUACUCUACAAGGAGAAACGUGGAAGCCCAAGCGGAAUGCAUUGCUUCUGGAAAUAUUGAGUCAAUGUCCACGCUAGGGGCUGGUUGAUGUCCACAAUAAAUUAGAAGGUCCAGUUUCUGCCCAUUUGGAACUCCCAAUAGGUAGAUCAAGAGGCAGCUUCAGAGCAGUGAAUGAUCAACAGACUAAGAACAUGAGCUGGGAGAGCAGGCGAGUGUGUGGGCAGGGGGAGCACAAAUCAAGGCAAGUUUCCUGAAGAGCCCUCUGACAUGGAACACAGAAAAUAAUUGGAAGUUAGCCAGGUGGGGAGCACAGUGGGUAGAAAGGUAUGCCAGACAGAGGGCAUAAUAAUACACGCAAAGGCCUGGGGACACGAGGAAGUUCAGUUAAUUCAAGGAUCUAAAAGUAGCUCAUUGUGGCUGAAGCUGAGGGUGCAGGUUGGGAGAAAGACGUGUGGAAAAAAAGAAAGCAGGAGAAUUAGGCAGGGGGUGCAAGCAAAUGUCUAUUGGGACUCAGGGCCAAUGAGUAAAUUGGUCUUGAUGUAAGAGACAACAGAGGCUGAGGGGGUCUGGGGUGCCCGGGAGUUGGCUGCGACUCAAAUGUAGCCACUCAGCAGAGGUCCAGGGUUGCUAGAGCGUCCUGUUUUUCAGGAGCAGUGUGAAGCUAGAUUAUUAAGUGCGGUGUCUCGAGUUCUGCAUUUACGCUUUUAACUUUGAAUGUAUAAAGUCCUUGGCAAGGUCAAACAACAUCUGUUUGCAUCUGGCCUGUGAGCCACUGGUUCCAUUCUCUGAAGGAAUCAUAAAGGGCAUGUGGACUGGAUUCCGAGAGUGGGGGAGCCACUAGGGGUGCUUUAAUCAGGGGCAUGGCAUUCCAGGCUCACACAGAAAGGACCUGUUGGCUGGAGAACAGCAGUCGAGUUGACUCACUGGAGAUGUUGUGAUUCCUGCAGAAGAGCGGGGAGAUGGAGGAGGACAAUGUGGGGAUGGGCGGGGAGAUGGAGGAGGACAGCAUGAGGAUUAGUGAUGGGAUGUGGGGAUAAUAGGGUGUGAUGGCAGACUAGAAGGGAUGGUGUGUGUACGGGGUCCUUAGGGAGGCUUAAAGUUGAUAUGUGUCAAGGCAGCAGGUGCAGAGGAAGGACAAGGAAGAGUGAUGGAGGAAGAUGACCUUGACCCCUGGGGAUCACUCCGGCGAGAUGCCCAGAGAUUCUGGACCUGGUCCAGGAAUGUGGGCCCAGUGCAGUGAAUAGGACCCCCUGGAUUGCCAGGAACUGCAGGGUGUUCCAAGGAGCAACCAUGGCCACCCUGUACCCAUCUCUGGAGGACCUGAAGGUGGACCAGGCCAUGCAGGCCCAGGCCAGAGCUGUACCCAGGAUGCCUGCCCUGCCAGUACGGGGAAAAGGGGACUCCCAGCCUCCACUUUUGUACCCUAACCUGGCAGAAUUGGAAAACUAUAUGGGUCUUUCCCUCUCCAGCCAAGAAGUCCAGCAGAGCCUGCCUCAGACUCCAGAAAGUGCCAGUGCAGCGGUCUCGGGCCCUUCGCCGGGCCAGGUGGUGGCGCCGGUGUCCGGUAACAGCCUGGGCGCGCUGCGUGCGGAGAUCAAGCCCGGGGUGCGCGAGAUCCACCUAUGCAAGGACGAGCGUGGCAAGACGGGGCUGCGGCUGCAGGCCAUCCACAAGGGGAUCUUCGUGCAGCUGGUCCAGGCCAACACCCCUGCAUCCUUGGUGGGGCUGCGCUUUGGGGACCAGAUUCUGCAGAUUGAUGGACGCGACUGUGCUGGGUGGAGCACGGACAAAGCCCACCAGGUGGUGAAGAAGGCAUCGGCCGAGAAGAUUGUCAUAGUCGUUCGGGACAGGCCGUUCCAGCGGACCAUCACCAUGCACAAGGACAGCACAGGCCACGUCGGCUUCGUCAUCAAGAAGGGGAAGAUCAUCUCUUUGGUCAAAGGGAGUUCCGCGGCCCGUAACGGGCUCCUCACCAACCACUAUGUGUGUGAGGUGAAUGGGCAAAACGUCAUUGGGCUGAAGGACAAAGAAGUCACAGAGAUUCUGGCCACCGCCGGGAACGUCAUCACCCUGACCAUCAUCCCCACUGUCAUCUACGAGCACAUGGUCAAAAAGUUGUCCCCGACCCUGCUGCACCACACCAUGGACCACUCUAUCCCUGACGUCUGAGGCCACGGGACAGCAGCUCAGGCCUGUCACCCUCCUGCCAGAAAGGGAAAGUCCGUGCCUGCGGAGGCGCGCUGCCUGGGGGCGGG